CCCUUUCCUUUCCUUUACUAUUCUUCAAGUUCAAAGUUCAAACUCAUUAUUCAUCAGAAUCGCUUUUUCUACAACACACUUUUUUUUUUACUCAAAAAUUAAGUUUCUGCCUCGGCAAGAUGAUUAAUAUGGAGCCGAAGAAGAUCGUGGAUCUCCCUCAGGAACUGAUAACUGAAAUUCUGUUGAGAUUACCGGUGAAGAUUCUGUUACGUUUCAGGUGCGUCUCUAAAUCAUGGAAUUCUCUCAUCUCCGAUGAUUCCCAUUUUGCAACUUCACAUUUUCAACUUUCCGCAAAUAAAAUUUUCAUCAUACGUGAUGAUACUCUUGUAGCCCUAUCCGUUGAUUUUGAUUCAUCCCUUAAUGAUUAUGUUUCAUUAAGCCUCAAUAUUUGGAAUCCCCAAUCUUAUAUUGACGAUGAAAUUGACACUCGUAUUGGAGGUUCGUGUAGAGGGUUCCUGUUUAUACACAAUGAAGUAGGCUUAUACCUAUUGAAUCCAUCCACACGUGUCCACAAACAAAUACCUGUUUCUCCUAUGACUAUUGCCUCCUACUCCCAAGAUUCUUCUAUUUACAGGAUUAUUUAUGGCUUCGGUUAUGAUUCGUCAACGGAUGAUUACUCGGUAGUUUUAGGGUUCUACAAUUGCAAUACCAAUCUUCUUGACUUUGAGAUUUUCUCACUUAGAUCUAAUAACUGGAAACAAAUUGUGGUUGGUUCUCAUUUUCCUUAUAUAUUGACUGCUUAUCAUGAAUCCGAGGUAGGGUUGUUCUUUAAUGCUUCUAUUCAUUGGCUGAUUUAUAAUUAUGAAACCAAUAGGGAAGUUAUUAUCGCCUUUCAUUUAAAGGAAAUGAGAAUGUCUGAGAUUGCUUUGCCAGAUGAUUUUCAUAUGUAUUCAUCUGUUAGUGGUUAUGACUUGUUUGUAUUUGGCGGUCUUAUUGGUGUAUGGAUCGAAGACAUAUAUGAAAUCAAGAUAAGAGUGAUGAAAGAAUACGCAGUGUAUUCAUCUUGGACCGAGACUGUUAGUUUUUCUGCUCGUCCUAAUCCGACUUUUUCCUCGGUAUGCUUUACCAAUUGUGGUGAUCUCGUUGGAUCAAGUGGUGGUGGAUUAGCCAAGUUUAAUGACAAAGGAGAGCUACUAGAGGAACGCUCCUAUCCUGACUGUUUCUUUGAAAGAUCCCAAAUGACGGUGUAUACAGAGUCUUUGCUUUCCCUCCCUGAUAGCAGUGACCAAAGCUAAGAAGUUGACUUAUCAUACAAAGAAGAAAGAAGAAGAACGUGAUUGCGAAAUAUUCCCAUUUACCAUUUUAUCGAUGCUUGAGUAGUGUGAUAGGCACAAGAAGAAGAAGAAGAAGAAGAAGAACGUGAUUGUGAACAAUAGUGAAGCUUCAAGAAGACAGAAAAUAGUUGAGAGUAGAGUUUGUGAAUCCUUUGAUUUCCCAAGGUUCUGAAUCAUAAAUCGUUCUCAGCUGCUCAAAUACCAAUUCACAAAUGGUUAAGCUCUGAGGUUUCUCUCUCUUGUAGCUCUUUAGUUAACAUAAACUUUAUUUACUUAUACCUAGGGUCCGUUUGGCCUAGUUUUUUUUCCUCUUCUUUUUACUUAAAAGUAAGAAGCUAUGCCAAACAACAAUUUUUAAAAGCUAUAGUAAAAAAAAAAAAAAACAGUUUCUAUAUUUUAGAAAAAAUAAUAAUAUAUUAUCAAAUAUAUCUUUUCACCCUAUUAUAAUAAAAACAACUUUUAACUUUUUUUUUAUAAAACAAAUUAAGAUUUACCAAACAAUUUUAACUUUAGUUAAAAAGCUAUUAUUUCUAGCUUUAUGAUUAAAAGAGCUUCUACACCUAAAAAAAGUUAGGCCAAACGGGCCCCUAGUAGGUUAUACUUUAUGCUUCUUGAUUUAUGCUUGAACGGUUGAUUUUAAUUUGUUUUAAAUGGUAGUGCUUGAUUUUGCUUGAAUGGAUAUCCUUUCUUUAUGUUAUCUUUGUUGAUAUUGUGCUAUAUGUUUGAAUGCGUGUUGUGUUCUAUUACGGCUUUGUUAUGUAACUUA